AUGGAACUGUAUGGCCUAAAGCGGCUGACAUUAUACCUGGGAAAUCUUCUCACGGAAAUCUGCAACAUCAACACCUCCGACGCAGCGAACAAGACACGAUUUAAACAAGAGACGGAGUUUCCCCAGCGCUUUUGCGAUGCCGUCAUGAACGCAUUUGACAAGGCUAGGCCAGUCGAGCCUGCGCAAAAAGUCUUCGCGGACUUUGCCUUCGCUGGUCGUACUCAUUUGUUCAAGAACAAGGAAUUUAUGUCUUUGGUCAAAGAUCAAGUGGUACCCGAAUUUGGAAACCUUGUUCUCACGGCGCUUAUGACUGGGUCCGUAUCAAAUGCCUUCCAGAGCAACUAUACUUUUGGCAAGUGGCAAGACCGGCAAGUCAACCCCUCGUACACUCCAAUUGGCUCAAAUGACUCGCCCACCAAUGCCGGUUGGGGUCGUGGACGUGACGGACGUGACGGACGUAGCGGACGUGUUGGACGUGGUGGCUAUGGAUGGGGCUAA